AUGGAUGAAGUAUUUGAGCCUGACACAAUCGACGUUCAAGUUGAUGAUUUUGUAAAAACCAAAUCAGUUUCAAGAUGCAAAGAUGAAUUCCUUAAUGUUCUUUGUGAAGACAGUGAUGACGAACCAGUGGAAGGUGAAGGAGAAAAUGCUCGAGUAGAACUAGAUGAUGAGGAAAACACUAACGAAUCUAGUGAUGAAGAUGAAAUCAUAUACUCCAUCCAUAAUCCGAAGGUCAAAUGGAAUGUGAGGAAACCGGUUAUUGGAGAAAGGUAUGAAUCUAGACACGAACUGAAAUUAUGUUUAACAAAUUAUUCCAUCUAUAAGGGCUAUAAAUAUCAUUUCAAGAAGUGUGACAGUGUUAGACUAGUGGCUGUGUGUGCUAGUGAUCCAAAAAAAUGCCCUUUUAUGGUUCGUGCUUCAUGGAUGAGUACUGAAAAAUCCUUCCAGGUGAAAAAGAUGAAUGAUAGGCAUACAUGUGUUAGGAAUUUUAGUAGUUUAAGGCUUAUGAAUCCAACUUGGUUAGCAAAGCAGUUUGUGAAAGAACUAGUAAGGAAACCAAAGUUAAAAUGCAAGGAAAUGCAGGCAAUAAUUCAAAGGGAUUAUGUGUCAUUAGUGAUCAACACAAGGGUCUUGUUGAAGCAACAAAGGAUAUUCUACCCCAUGUAG